UUCUGAAGAUUUCCUGUUUCAUGAAAAGUGCAUACAUACCGUCUGACUCAUAUACGGCAAGUUCUGCCUGAACUAUUUACUUUUCUAACCGGAGGCUGUUUGAGAGACGCAUGAGAGCAACAGGCAGACCGAAGAAAAUCCGAAGAACGUCUCGAAUUAAAGUCUGGAUAUUUACUAUUAUCAAGGCUUUAGUAAAUGAAAAGAAGAGGAGUUUAUAGUCCGUUUCUAAAUGGAGCUACUUCGUUUUUCCCCUUUCUGGUGGGGAACGAUAAUGUUUGGUAGUAUUCUUCUAGAACAGAAAAUGGCCUCAUCAAUGACUAUGCUGAAGCUGAAGCGUCUGUGUAAGUUCUGUGACGUUGAGUCUACCAGCUGUACGGGCACAGGGAGCUGUAUGACCGACUGUAGCAUCACAUCCAUCUGCCCCCAUCCAGAGGACGUGUGUGUCAGCAUUUGGAGGAAGAAAGACGACAAUGUCACCAUAGACACGAUAUGCCACAACCCAGCCCAUAAGCUGCAUGGUCUGGUGCUGGAGGACUAUAACAACAGCAAGUGUGAGAUGAGGGAGAGGAAUGGCAUGGGUUCCCAGUUCUUCAUCUGCUCCUGCUCCGAGGACGAGUGCAACGACCACAUUUUCUUCACCCCCUACUCCCUGGACUUCCAGGUGGUGUCGGUGAUCCUGGUCAGCCUGGUUCCUCUGCUGGUUCUGGCCGUGCUGGUCAUCACAUCCUUCUAUUGGUACCGCAUCUACCACCAGCGCCGCGCCGGUGCCAAGCGCAAGAAGACGCCGCUCGACUUCAGUGAUGCCCACGCCAUCAUGAUGGACGACGACGGCUCGGACAGCAGCUCCACGCACGCCAACAACCUCAACCACAACACGGAGCUCCUCCCCAUCGAGCUGGACGCCCAGGUGGGCAAGGGCCGCUUCGCCGAGGUCUACAAGGCCAAGCUGAAGCAGGGCGCCGCGGGGGCCGGCGAGCACUUCGAGACCGUUGCCGUCAAAAUUUUCGCAGACGAGGAAUAUGCCUCGUGGAAGAACGAGAAGGACAUCUUCUCGGAUGCCGACCUGCGCCACGAGAAUGUCCUGCACUUCCUGACCGCAGAGGACCACAAGGUGGAGAAACAGUAUUGGCUGAUCACGGCCUACCACCCCCGGGGCAACCUCCAGGAGUACCUGACGCGCCACGUCAUCAGCUGGGACGACCUUUGGGUGCUGGGCGGGUCGCUGGCAAGGGGCGUGGCCCACCUACAUAGUGACCACACGUUGUGCGGACGCUACAAGGUGCCAAUCGUCCACCGGGACAUCAAGAGCUCCAACAUCCUGGUGAAGGGGGACCUCACCUGUGUCCUGUGUGACUUCGGACUGGGUCUGCGUCUGGACAACUCGCUGUCUGUGGACGAGCUGGCCAACAGUGGGCAGGUGGGCACUGCCAGGUACAUGGCCCCUGAGGUGCUGGAGUCCAGGAUCAACCUGGAAAACAUUGAGUCGUUCAAGCAGACAGACGUUUACUCCAUGGCCCUGGUACUGUGGGAGAUCACCUCCAGGUGCAACGCCAUUGGAGAGGUGAAGGACUACGAGCCGCCCUUCGGUAAGGUGAGGGAGCACCCGUGUGUGGAGAGUAUGAAGGACAGCGUUCUCAGAGACAGAGGGAGGCCAGAGAUCCCCAGCAGCUGGAUGAACCACCCAGGCAUCCAGGUGGUGUGCGGCACCAUAGACGAGUGCUGGGACCACGACCCCGAGGCCAGGCUGACUGCUCAGUGUGUGGCCGAACGCUUCAACGACAUGGAGCACCCAGACAAGCUGUCUGGACGCAGCAAUUCCGAGGAGAAGAUCCCCCAGGACGUCUCUGUGACGGAGAUCGAAGAGAUUGAGAAGUAGGAAGUAUGCCUCAGAAACUACAAUGCCCCCUGCUGGGGAGGCUGAUAACUACAAGCGACCAAGCAGCUGAGAGAGAUUCAAGUGGAGAGUCUGUGUAUGUGCUCUGUGUAUUUGUCCUGCUUGUGACUCCAAGGAGCAAACAAAUUGGAUGUGGUGUGUCAUGCAUGUAAAAGGUAACACGACUGAACAAACCAAUCAGAAAGGAAGUGAUGGUGUUUUUAAAGAUUUACAGCAGUUGCUCCAAAGACGGAUCAAGCCAUGACUGGACUGGGGGAAAUAUACAGCCUUCGUAACUAAAUACUGUUUGCACUUUAUUAAUAGCUAUGCAUACCAAAUUGUGUAUAUUCCGUUACUGUAUAUUCAUGAUGACAAUACAGUGCAGUUAUAGGAAAGAGGGCUACCAAUGUGGGAAAGUAAGAGAGCAGUCAGUACUGGUAACACUAAUAACAUUUUAGCCAGUUUUCGACUGGGUGUUUUUGACAUUUUUAAAGGUGGCAUUGGAUGACAAAAGGGACUGGAGGAUGGCGCAAUAUAAAAAAAGCAAGGUGAACGUUUCAUUUCUGGAAAUGAUAAAAGGACCGAGCUAUGCAAUCGAAAAUGAUUCCAGGCCAAUAAGCCCAGGGGAAUGCUGAUAUCAUAUCCCAAGGACUAUGAACUGUAAACGAAAGAGUGAAUUCAGCCCGAGAUGAGAAAAAGGGGAAUAUAGAUAUUUUACUCCGAGGAACCCGGAGCUAUAAAAGAAAGUGUAUUUAAUCAACAGAGAAUGAUAAAGGGAAUACAGAUAUCAUAACAAAAGGACAACCGGAAGUACUUUACAUGUAGUUUCAGUCCAGCAGUGACUGAUACAAGACAUUGAAAUAUAAUGACAAGGAAGGGAACUUGAUCCUUUCUCAAUUAAAGAUCUCUAAACCCUGUCUAUGUAUAACAUUAAAAGUCUUAAUUAAAGAUUUUCAGUAUUCUGCUCUUUUAAA